AUGUUUUCUAAAGCUUUCAUCUUUCUCUUUUUCAACGCUGCCCAAUUCCUAAUCCGAUCGAUCUCAUGUGUUGAUUUCGUCUACAACUCCAAUUUCACAACCACCAACACAUUUCUAGUCGGUGACUCCACCGUCACAUCUCCGCCGUCGAUCCUCACCCUCACCAACCCAACCCCUUACUCCAUCGGGCGUGGUUACUACCCUUAA